ACGAGUUCUUGACGCAGCAACAGCAGAACAAUAUCAGUCACCAAGACAAUUCUCAACCAUCAGCGGCAUACAACAUUUUAUACUUUAUAGAACCACGUUUCGGACACUCUAAAACUUCCACCAUGGCGGUGUCUUGUCGAAGUCUACCCGGCGGUCGACGCUCCAUCAUUGGCCAGACAUUGAUCUUCGCCUCGCUGACUUUACUCUUCUCUUGGUCCUGCCCGGCUCUAGGCAAGAAGAAGCUCUACAUCGGUGCCCUCUUCCCGAUGAGCGGAGGCUGGCCCGGGGGCCAAGCAUGUCUCCCUUCCGCGCAGAUGGCCCUCGACUUGGUGAACAAGAGAACGGAUAUACUGCCGGAGUACGAACUGGAACUAAUCCACUACGAUAGCAUGUGUGAUCCAGGUGAAGCCACCAAGCUCCUGUAUGACCUGCUGUACACUGAGCCCAUCAAGAUUGUCCUGAUGCCCGGCUGCAGCUCUGUGUCCACUCUGGUGGCGGAGGCCGCUCGCAUGUGGAACCU